CGAGAACCAGAGGACCCCGCUGCUAGAGGCUUUUGGGGUGCCCGAUAAAACCAGCGCGCAUCUCGCAGAAACCACUGGAAGAGGAUACGCCCAGCUGCCUCUCAGCACUUCGUCGUAGCGUCCAAGGAGAACGUUCCGUUGCCUCGCUGCCGAACAGCGCGUUCGUAUCGUCGUGCAGAAACUAAGAUCACCAUGCUGCCCAUUGCCGCUUUGCUGGCGCUUGUCGUGGUUCCAGCCUCGGCCGCUAGCUUUGGCAGCGGAUUCGCCGCCUCACCGGUAGGGGCGCCCUUCUCGGCGGGUGGCCCUCCAGGCGGCGCAGCGGGUCCGGCGUUCGGGCCCCCUGGCGGUUCAGGGUUUCCAGGUUACCCGGGCGCGGCCGGCGCCGCUCCCGGAAUGACCAUGCCCUCUGAGCCCAGCUGCCCGCCAACCAACGGCAUGGUCCCUCUCUACGUGCCCGACCCCGACGACUGCACCAAAUACACGGUGUGCAGUGGUGGCUUCGGCAUGAAGCUCGACUGCCCGCCAGGGCUGCACUUCAACAGCGUCACCAAUCACUGCGACUAUCCGCCGCUCGCCGGCUGUGAAGAAAUCCCGCCAGAAGACCCAACGAAGCUGACGGGGCCACCCGGAAUCAAGAAGGAUGCUUAUUUCGACAUGAGCCUUUUGAGUGGGCCCGGCUUCCCGAUCCUCCUCGGACAACCGAACCCCGGAAUCGGUCAGCUUAAGAACCCUCCCGGCAAGCCCAGUGCUCCCGAAGCCUACUCCUGCGACAAAAAAGCCACACAGAAGACGACCGCAAUGGGUUACCCGACAUUCUUGCUCGUCGUGUUCGUCGCGACCGUCACCGUGUCCGUGACGUCGGCGGCUCUGUUCGCUAGUCCAGGCGGACCACCCGCAAAUCCUCCACCCCCGGGUGGUUUCGGGGGCAGCCCCGGUGCGUUCGGCGGGUUCGGCGGCGGUGCACCACCGGCGGCGUCCGGUGGAGCUGGCGGUGCACCUCCUGGCGCCGGCGGUCAGCCCUCCGACCCCAGCUGCCCGCCGACCGACGGCAUGGUUCCCCUCUACGUGCCAGAUCCGGACGACUGCACUAAGUACACCGUCUGCAGCGCGGGAUUCGGCAUGAAAAUGGAUUGCGCGCCGGGCCUGCACUUCAACAAGGUCACCAACCACUGCGACUUCCCGCCUCUCGCCGGUUGUGAAGUCAGCGCGUGAUUGGGCUAAACGAUUGGGCUGGUGAUGACGGCGCCUACCUACGGAACCUGCACACGAUGACGUGCCAGUGACGUAGACCGUCUCGCGCGUUAGCGAUAGUUAUUAGCUUGUCCGUGUACGCGUUACCGUUCGCACGAUACAGAAUAGCAGAGACGCAGAACAGCAGUGGUGGAGGCGCCAUCUUAUAACGUUGAGUCGAAGCAGCGCGCAUGAAGUUAUUAUUGCGCAAUGGUGGGCAAUGCACAACGCAGC